AUGGGAUCCAAAAAUCACCCUCUCCAAGACCAUGGCAUCUACCACAACCUCCCCACCUUCGACCCCUCCAUCACAAACCUCCACGCCAUAAUCACAGGCGCCAACGGCAUCUCCGGCUUCCACACGAUGCGGGCCCUCCUGGAGAGCCCCCACCGCUGGACCAAAAUCUACGCCCUCUCGCGAAAACCGCCCCCGAAGGAAAUGCUCGCCCUCCUCACCCCAGACCAGCGAAGCAGAAUCCACCACGUCGCCGUCGACUUCCUCUCCCCACCCUCAGAAAUCGCAAAAGCCCUGCGCGAAGCCAACAUCCAAGCCUCCCACAUCUUCUUCUACUCCUACCUGCAACCCAAACCAGACCCUUCCGCCCCCAAAUCCCACACCUGGUCCAACGCAUCCGAGCUCGUGUCCGUCAACAAAACCCUGCUGGAGAACUUCCUUCUCGCCCUCCGCGAAGUAGGCAUGAAACCCACCCGCUUCCUCCUCCAAACCGGCGCCAAGACCUACGGCGUGCACAUCGGGCGCCAUCGCACGCCCGCCUGCGAAUCCGACCCGCAGCCGCAACACCUCGAGCCGAAUUUCUAUUAUCCCCAGGAGGAGCUACUCUUCGAGUAUGUGAACUCCGUCCCCGGGUGUGCGUGGAACGUCGUCUCGCCCGCGUGGAUUAUCGGGGCGGUGACGACUGCGCAGAUUAAUGGGUUCCAGCCUUGGGCGGUGUAUGCGGCUGUGCAGGGGCGGAAAGGGGAGGGGGUGAGGUUCCCGUCUGACUGGGGCGUUUGGCAGGAUGAGCGGUGUCAUGCGAGUGCGAGGUUGACGGGGUAUUUGAGUGAGUGGGUUGUUCUGGAAGAAAAAUGUGCGGAUCAGAGGUUUAAUGCGCAGGAUACGGCGCCGGUGAGCUGGGAUAGGUUUUUCGGGGAGCUGGGGAGGUGGUAUGGCGCGAAGGGCGUUGAAGGGCCGAGUGAGGCGUUUGAGGUUAUGGUCGCUGGAAAAGGGGGCGAGGAUGCGCCGAUGGGGUAUGGACCUCCUGUUGAGCAUCGGUAUUCUUUCAAGCUGGUUGAUUGGGCGAAGGAGAAUGAGAAUAGGGCUGUGUGGGAGGAGAUGAUGAGGGAGAGUGCAGGGAGACUUACGUUUAAUCCUUUUGACGAUCCGGAGGAGAAUUUUCAGAUGGGUGAUGCGGUGUUGAUUCCGAUGGCGACGUUGAAUAUGAAUAAGGCGAGGAGGAUGGGGUGGACGGGGUAUGUGGAUACGAUUGAGAGUAUUUUUGAGAUGUAUAGGGAGAAUGCGAGGCUGGGCUUGUUGCCGGAGAUGGUUGUCGACGAGCCACGGCCGUUGAUAUGA